GUUAAACAGUACACACACUGCUUCAAACUAACCAUUUCUCUGUGUCUGUGUUGCAGGGAUGGGCUGUGCUCAGGAGACUCUUCAGCCAGCAAUCAGCUGACGAAGGGCGAUAAGAACGGGAAGGGCCUGAGUCAUUUCUCCGUGAAGGCGUGUGCGACGGUGCAGAAGAAAGCCAAAGCAUCCUACAACGAGGUAGUGGCCGACGAUCUGGUGGCUGAGUUCACCCACUCCACCACCGACUCGCAGGUGUAUGACCAGAAGAACAUCCGCAGGCGCGUGUAUGACGCCCUCAACGUGCUGAUGGCCAUGAACAUCAUCUCCAAGGAGAAGAAGGAGAUACGCUGGAUCGGCCUGCCCACCAACUCAGCCCAGGAGUGUCAAAACCUGGAGGUGGAGAAUCAGAAACGCCUGAAGAGGAUCAGGCUGAAGAGAACUGAACUGGAUGAACUCAUACUGCAGGAAUGGGGCAGUCCCAAAAUCUCUUUCAGAAACCUAGUGCAGAGAAACAAAGCCAGCGAGGCUUCCUCCCUGGCCCCUCCCCCUUCCAGCUCAAUAUUAAAAGUACCAUUUAUAUUCCUAAAACAUAGAUUGAAAAUUGUUGCUUCCUGUUGUAGUACCUACUGUCGAUGUGAAUACCUUUUCAACUUCAACAACACCUUUGAGAUCCACGACGACAUGAAGCGCAUGGGGUUGUCCCUGGGCCUGGAGAUUGUCUGUCUGCGGUGCACUUCCAAUCUCAUCCUGGCCAAGUCCCUCAUUCCCAGGUCUCUGGAGAUCUACAUCAUAGGCAUGGCCAGAGGCACCAGUCAAACAAGCUCUUUCCCAGAUGACCUGGACUCCGCCUCUUUGGAUGGAAGGAGGAGCUAUAGCCACAGUAGCACCGCCUCUCGAGGCCAGGCGCCCAGCUCCUUCAACGAGGAAGAGGAGGACGAUGAUGACAACGAACCCUCUUCACAGUGACUGACGGACAGACAGCUAGCCAGGCAUCAGUGAUGCAGCAUACCUCUCUCUCUGAGACUGGUCUCUCGUCUCCUACUCUGUUCACAUGGGGAGUGGAAGUUCUCUGGGGAUGUGGCCAGAUAUACAGGAAAUAGGUUGCCAGUCAUUCAGGUCGAUGAUAUGAUAUUUUAGACGCAUUUAAAUAUCUGUUUCUGUCUUAAUUUCUCCCUUGUAGUUAUUUUUGUAAAUGUCUUCCUGGCUGCUGCCCCUGUAUUUCCUGCAGCGGCGAAAAGGUUCCAAAUUCUUCUGCCAAGAGGCGAUAUCUGCGUAAUCUCCCAGAGAAAAGGUUUGUUGUUUUUUAGAUGGAGUGCAAUGUUUUGUAGUCAUUUUCUAGAGGAUGUGGCUAUGCAUAAAAGCACUCACACUGCCGCGACACACCACAGACUCGUGACGGAAUAUUUUUCACAAUUAUUGAACAUUUCUUCUCAUUUAUUUCCCUGUUCCAACGAAACAUGUCAAACGUACAUGAAUAGUAUGUGUGUUGAUGUAUGCUAGUGGUUUGACUUUCUGUUCCUCCUUUAACGCAACGUUUGUCUAAUCAAUGGGAUCCCGUCCGAUCCUAUUCUAAGCUGGCAUUUUAAUUUAAGGUUUGUUUAGGUUAAUAGAAGGGGAUUUCUAGGCUUCUUUGAACCACCCCAAAACAUUCUGUAAAAUAUAUAUUUUUUUUACGCUACUUAUGAUACUCCUUUACUAUUUUUUGCAGUUUAAUGUCAGCCAUUAGAUGCAACUGUGUGGAAAGAAGCCAGCAGUAACCUUUAACCCAGGUAUUAGCCCUACCUUGUCUAGAAACAAGGGUACAUUGAGUACAUUUUGUUUUAUUUUAAGUGUGAACCAUUCUGCCUAUCAUCAAUGCCUUUUUUAAUAUAAUCAUUGUGCCGAUA